GGUAGCAUCCCGGAAGUGUGCAGCUCGUCCUCGAAACAGAAGCGAGCCGCGAAAACAUUCAAGAUGAUCAUAAAUUUGCGACUAUAACUUGAAUUUUUCUAAAACACCUCCCUCUUCUUUUGACAGUUUACACCAUCUGAACAUAGCCGGUAGAAUGGAUUCAAAGGAACCACCAACACAUAUAAAUAACUCCUCCAUGGAAAUAACUCAGAGUUUGGAUGAAGACCCCUUGAUUGACGGGCCUCUCAUUUCACCAGACAUUUUGGACAAGGCAAUUAAAAGAGAAUUCCAGCAACUGCCGACAUCCUGGGCCGCAUUAUUACUGUCCUUAGUCCAUGUAGCGUUCGUGUGCCUGUCGGUGGUGCUGGCCGUGUUCUGCUCCAUACUGCAGAGCCACCAGGCCCAGUGCCACGACUACCUGAGCAACCUGCCGAGCAGCCCUGUGAUUGUGUUCGCCAAGGUGUGCCUGUGGCUGCUGCUGAUGGCCUUUGAGCGCUACGUUCAGCGGCACCACGUCGCGGCCCGCGGCCGAGGCUACCUGCAGUUCUACCGGGCCACCAGCAACCUGAGGAGCCUGCCCGUGUAUAUCCACUCCGCCGGGAACGCCGCGGUGCUGAUUGUUCUGGCUGCGGAGCCUCUGUUGAAAGGGGUGAAACACCUUAGUGUGUCCCUGCUCCUGGGGAUCCUGGUCCUGGAGCUGCUCUCUGUGCCCUGCCUGCUCCUGUACUCAGUGAGAGUGCAGAACUUCAACAGAGAGAGGCCAGAGCCUGAUGUCAGCCAGGAGGAGAGAUUGCAUGGAUACCCCAGCAACACCCAUCCCCUCUCCACAGAGACCGGAUUCAGGGACGGCUCGAACUUGGAAGACGUUGUGGAAAAGCAAGCGGACUUGAUUGAGUACCUGAAGCAGCACAACACUCAGCUGAGUAAGCGGAUCCUGUCUCUGACCAGCCAACAGAUGAGGGAGUGAGGGCUCAUGUGACCACGAGGAGAGGGGGGCGUGGUGUACACGCAUGCGAGCAGUAUGUGUGUAUACGUGUGUGUUUUUUUUAUUGCCAAGCAAGGGAUGCUCCUGAACUUAAUGACGGAUCGUGCAAGGUCACUUUCCCAAAACUUUUGUGCAUGUGUCACUUUGCGUCUGUGUACAGCACAUUUUAAGUGAACUUAAAUCCUCACGGCAUGGUGGAAAUGUGUGCUACGUGCUCCGAUAACAAUUCACACGUACUGAGGUGGAUAUUUAAACAAGGCUUGAGUGUGAGGAGGACGCGGCUGAAAGAUUAGAAGAAGAAUAAAGGGUUUUAUUUGUGUGUGAUGACCCCAAGCAUCCUUUAAUUAGUGAUGUGAGGGUGGUGUGAACAGAACCGAAGAAAUCUGGAAUAAUGAAACGUCCUUUCACCCUCACGCACACACAAGCGCACGUACAUGCGCACACACACAUGCACACACACACACGCACACACACGCACGCACACACACAUGCACACACACACACACGCACACACACACACACACACACACACACACACGCACACACAGACACUCUGGCAUGAACACACGCGCACACACACAUGCACACUCACACACAUGCGCACACACACAUGCACACACACACACACGCACGCACACACACACACACACGCACACACAGACACUCUGGCAUGAACACACGCGCACACACACAUGCGCACACACACAUGCACACACACACACGCCCACACAUACAUUCGGGCAUUAACACACACACACACACACACACACGCACACACACACACAGACACUCUGGCAUGAACACACGCGCACACACACACACUCAGGCAUGGGCACACAUCCACACUCAAAAAUGAAAUGGAAUUGUGAGAAAGUAGGAUGUUUUCACUUCAUGAAUAAAAUUAUUAUAGAUAAUGGAUGUAGCCAGUAAUGUCAUGAAAUUCCAGGAAUGCAGUCCUUGUUUUACUGCACUGACUUCUAGACUGACAUCUAGAAACUGUCAUUCUGUAGGAAUAGUGGUGGAAAUGGGAUGUUACAUAAAAAGCAUUGUAAGGACUAGUACAAAUGCUCUGAACGAACAAACGGCCCUAGUCAGGCGCUGCGCAACUUAUACAGAGAGGGAAAGGGAAAGUUAUGAGGGUUUAAUAUCGAUCGAUUUUUGUCUGUUUUGUGUUGUCCAUAAAGUUAUUUUUAAGAUUCAGAAUGUGCUUCUGUUCAGUCAAACAGCAGAGCGUUUUGGGGGUGAACUUGUAAUGGAAAAAACAAUGAUAAUAAUAAUAAUAACAUUAAAAACUGUGAGAAAAAAAACGAAUAACUGGCAUAAGCAUAUACGCAAUGACUAAGCAUAACUGGAAUUUAUUUUCUUUUAUUAUUGUUUCUUUUUUUUCUUCAUAUUUCAGCAGUAUUGUUUGUCUGGUUUUGUGCGGGUCUGUCUGUGUUGAGCCUAGCACGCAGUUUGAAAUACUGCCGGCCUCGUGUCUAAAGUCUGUCAUUGUCGAAGAGGUUCUGUACCUCAUUUUUUUUUAUUGUUGUCGACCACUUGAUGAAUGUAUAAUGUGUAUCUAUAUUUGUAAUUAUGAACUUAAGUCUCAACUCAGGCUCAAUAUUGUGGAUUUUGAAUUAUUUUAUUUUCUGGGUUUGAAAGCAUUUGUUUUUUGUAUAAUACAUCUUGAAUUACCUUGUUUACUCUUUUUUUUUGUACAAUGACUCAAUAAACAUGUAAGUGUG